AUGGCCGUUGGUCGUACCUGCCGCACAGGUUGCCCAGCCGGCAGCCCCAUCCGAGGGCCCUGCAGCCGGUGCCUCACCCGCGACGCGUGGCGAAUAGCCGUGUGCUAUGACCUGCGCAACCUCGGCGACACACUUCUCGAGAGCUUCUUCGCGCUUGCCGUGGCAAUGGAGGCCGACGCGCAGGAAGACCCGCGGCAGUAUUCCGCCGACUACGACGAGCACGCGGGAAGCGUGCGCGAGGCGCUGUACGCGCGCAUGCGGCGCGACUUCGACAUCAUGCGCCGCCGCGCCGGAGACGGCGGCGGCACCUCGAGCUGGGACGACGACGGCGGCGACGACAAGGGGAUGUUGUUGUUGCCCAACACGGACCUCGAGUUCGGCGACGUGGUGGAGCAGAUGAUGUGGGCGGGAGACCACGGCGGCGGGUGCGCGGAUAUGAGUAUUAUGUCGGAGGGCGACUUUGUAAUCAUGUUCAACAGGUUGAUGGGCCAUGUGGGUGAGCGGGUGCUGCGUCACAGGCAAGAGUUCCUGGCUAUGUUGAGCAUGGCCAUCUUGAACAUAGCUGAGGUGUUAUAG